AUGAAAUGGAUGGAAGGUGCAAAACAAGGCAUUGUCGUGGCUGGUGGUCAAGGACAAGGAAAUGGUCUUACACAAUUGUCAUAUCCUGCAGGAGUCGUUGUCGAUCAAUUGGGCACUAUGUAUGUGACUGAUCAAGGGAAUGAUCGAAUCAUGCGUUGGCCUAAAGGAGCCACACAAGGAAGUGUCAUUGUUGGUGAAGACGGUAGUGGAGAACAAUCGAACCAACUCAAUGAGCCCGUCGGUUUGUCAUUCGAUCGACACGGAAAUCUCUAUGUUGUCGAUUGGCGAAAUCAUCGAGUACAAAAAAUUCAAUAUCGAUCCAAAUAA